AGGCGAGCCGUCACAUCAUCCCAGCCAGCCAAUCAGGAGCCAGAGCGCGGCCACGAGGCGGAGCUCGCGCGGAGAAGGCAGCGCAAUUAAAGUGAGGGGAGCGCAAUUUAAAUCCAAAACAUCUCCGGAAACACACACACACACUCUGAGUGUCAGCGGGACAGUGAGGGACAAGUGUCCGCUGCGGUGACAUCGGUGCCCGGUCAAGUUGAAGUGGAGCCUCGGAGGACGCGCCGUGCGUCAGCGGAGCAGUGAGCCGGCUGUGGGUGCCUCUUUGUGGGGAACUAAAGCUCAGUGUGCUGCUGAAGUUUCCUCGCUCGCAGCUCGGAUGGAAUGGUUUGUUUUACUCGGAUUAUCGCAGCUCUGAACUCCCCCACAGAGGCGGUGACAGCCGCGGCUCCACCGGGCUCUGCCUCUCCUCAGCCGCACACAGCGCUCCUUCUCCGGUCUCCUCCGAGCUGCGGCGGUCGUUCAUAUGAGCGCAGCGUUCAGCCCGUCCUUCAUGGUGAUGCAGCGGCCACUCGGAAGCACCACCGCCUUCAGCAUUGACUCUCUGAUCGGGGGGCCCCCGCAGCCCAGCCCGGGACACUUCGUCUACACCGGCUACCCGAUGUUCAUGCCGUACCGGUCGGUGGUGCUCCAGCCGCCGCCUCCUCCGCCCCCGGCCCUGCAGCAGGCUCUCCCCGCCGGGCACCACCCGCACCCGCAGAUCCCCAGCCUGCAGAGCGGCUUCUGCUCCAGCCUGGCGCAGGGCCUAACGCAGGGCAUGGCGCUCACCUCCACGCUCAUGGCGUCGCUGCCCGGUGGCUUCUCCCCGUCCCAGCAGCACCAGGAGGCGGCCAGGAAGUUCGGCUCACAGGCGCUGCACGCGGUCUUCGACAAGGCUCAGGAGCUGCGGCUGGACGCGGAGGACGGGAAGAGCUACCUGCAGGGGAAGGAGUCCGCGGGGCUGCAGGCUUUCCACGACACGGACACGGUGCAGACAUCCACAGUCAGGACUCACAGUAAAGAAGACUCCAAGGAGGAGGACUGCGGCCGGAGGGAGGAGAGCUUCUCCAUGGACAGUGACCUGGACUACAGCUCGGACGACAACCUCACCUCGCUGUGCCACAAGGAGGACGGGGACGGCGGAGGAGGCCUGGACGACGGGCCGCACAUGCACGGCUCCUCCGGCGGCGGCUCCGGGGCCGGCGGAGGCUCCGGAGGAGGAGGAGGGAGCGGAGGAGGAGGCGGGAAGAACCGGCGGCGGCGGACGGCGUUCACGAGCGAGCAGCUGCUGGAGCUCGAGAAGGAGUUCCACUGCAAGAAGUACCUGUCGUUAACCGAGCGCUCACAGAUCGCGCAUGCGCUCAAGCUGAGCGAGGUGCAGGUGAAGAUCUGGUUCCAGAACCGGCGCGCCAAGUGGAAACGGGUCAAGGCCGGAAACGUCAACAACAAAUCCGGGGAGCCGUCCCGGAACCCCAAAAUAGUGGUUCCGAUCCCAGUGCACGUGAGCCGCUUCGCAAUAAGGAGUCAGCACCAGCAGAUGGAGCAGGCCAGGCCGUAGAAGAAGAACCGAGCCGAGCCGAGCCGGGUCGGGCCGAGCCGGGUCGGAGGAGAAAGACCGAGGCCGGACCGAGCCGCUGAGUCCCGAGAAGACGAUUUAAUUUAAUUAAAAACAUCUAAUUUAUUAAACAAACAUUUUUCUUUAAUUCAUUCAUCAAAUUAAAACAAAUCUGCGGAAUUCUUUUUAUUAUUUUAU